GACAGAGCAGACGACGAUAGCACUGCAUCGUCCAAAGGGCUUUCGCUGACAACGUGUUCGAGAACACCCCCGACUUUGUAACGCGAUAUCUUCCAAAGAUACACCGACACUUUUUUUCUCCUGGCGAUUUUUUUUUAAUUUUUGUUUUUUCUACAUUUUUUUUUUUUCUCUUCGGUACGGUGCCACUGACAGAUGUGACAAAAUGACUGCGGUUCCAUUCCAGAGAGUGGACUGCACUGGUUGAACUUUCUGGCCUAGGACGAGAACCUGUUCUGCUGCUCCGUUUCGACGCGGGAGUUUUAAAACGAUGUCGAAGAUGGUGUUCGGAAGAUACGCUUUGAUAGGAUUGUGCAUCGUCUUAACAGCGUCGACAUCUGCACAGACUCCAAAGCGACCAUCCUUUGCGGAACCUAUUCCCAAUGUAACCGCUGCUGUUGGUAGAGAAGCUGUUUUGCAAUGUACAAUUGACAAUUUAGAUUCAUACAAAGUCGCUUGGAUCAAAGUGGACACAGAGACAUUGUUGAGCUAUCAUACUCAUGUUAUUCCCCGAGACAACCGAUUGAAAGUAACGAACAGCAACAGUGACCGACAAUGGUUCCUUCAUAUCAAGAAUCUGGACGUAUCGGAUAGGGGAUUUUACAUGUGUCAGAUUAACACAGAGCCUAUGAUUAGUGAAAAGGGGUACCUAGAUGUGACUGUUCCACCGUCCAUCGUAGAGGAGGAUACUAGUACGGACAUCACAGUUGACGAGAGAUCAAAGGUUAGCAUGAGGUGCAAGGCCGCUGGAUAUCCUCAGCCAAGGGUUAUUUGGAGGAGAGAGGACGGAAAAGAAAUAAAUCUAGGACCAAUGGGUGCUCAGAAAAGUUCAGUGCUUAGAAUGGAAGGAGAAUUCCUAAAUAUGACUCAAGUCACAAGAGAAGAUAUGGGCGCUUACUUGUGUAUAGCAUCGAAUGGGAUUCCUCCUUCUGUUAGUAAAAGGAUAUUACUCCAUGUUAAUUUUCAACCAAAAAUCCGAGUUCUCAACCAGAUGGUUGGAGCUGCUCUAGGCAGUGAUGUUGUUCUCGGUUGCCGACUGGAGGCUUCUCCACGUCCCCUCACUUCCUGGAUACGCAACGAUGGAGUCAUUCUUCUCAACAAUCAGAAAUACGAAUUAACGGAGGAGGCAGACUCCUACAGAAUCAACAUGCAACUCAAAAUCAAGAAUCUGGAGGAAAAAGAUUUCGGACACUACAAGUGCGUUGCCAAGAAUACACUUGGAGACAAGGAGGGAUUUGUCAGACUCAUAGAAAUCAGCCCUCCUACAAGCAUACCGCAUUCAACACAGUCUCAAGAAUUUUAUGUGCCAGUACAUAAAGGUUCCUCUGACGUGUCAAAGAAUGAUUCUCCUAUGAAAAAGGGCUACGGUAUUCCUGCUCCGAAUUCACUUCGCGAUGAGUCUCAAAGCUUAUCAUCAGAAGAGAAACAGUUGAGCUCAUCAAAGGAUGGUAACAUUCUUGACAGUGACAAGCCCAAGCGAAAACAGAACCAACAUCCGACGCAAGGAAGCCAAACAGAUUCCAGUGGAUCGUGCCAAAUUAGCUUCUCAAUCCAUGUUCAGUUAGCUUUCCUCUUGGCUGUUCUGUUGUUUGACUAAGCAUCCAGUUAGAGACAAAGACUCUUGCUUCUCUUUUCAAAGAAGAUCAAACAGCAUGCUUACUGUACAGUUGACUUUCAUCAGCGAACAAGACUGAGUAGAAAGAGCGGGUAUUUAACCAUGGAAGAGAUCUGCCCUUGCAGAAAAAAAACUCUUCAAAUGAAGUGUUGAUAGCAAUACGAGCCAAUAAUAUUUGUCCUAAACAGUGGUAAAAAAGAACGAGCUGAUAUCCAUAUACUUCUUGAAAAGCGUACAUUAAUACAAAACAAAUUUAUUGAAUUUUGGUUCGUUUUUAGCAUCGAAGAAGAAAUGCAAAUAAUAUUGUUGCAAGAAAUCUUUUAAAUAAUGACAAACUUAAAAUUAUAUUCCGGCAUCUGAAAUUUUGCUUCAAUAACUUAGCAAAACAAUUCAGUCAGUUUUAACAGAAAUACUAAAAGUAUUUAUUUAGUAAAACGUAAUUUUUUUU